CUUCUGUCCGUCUGACAGACAGGUGUGUGAAGUGUCGUCUAUGGGAGACUGGGGCGGCGAUCAUAACCGAACAGGUCAGUGUAGGUCAGUGCCCCUGCUGUCUCCUGUCAUUGGCAGUCUGAAGCUUGUGUCUGGAGAUGGCACCAGGGUUGGUACAGUGAUCAAACUGCAGUGCCCCUCCAGACACCGUGCAGUGAGCGGCAGUCACAUCUCAUGUGUGUGGAGCAGCAACGACAUGCAGUGGACUGGAGGGACACCAGAGUGCAUACCUCUCACACGGUUUGAGGACGAGGGCUUCCGCUUGGCUUUUCUCAUAUCCUUCAUCAGUGUGGUUUUCAUUCUCUUCAUGAGCAUCAUCUUCAUCACUUCCUGUCUGGUGAGCUACGUGAGGCGAGACGAGAGGAGAAAGAUGGAGAGAGCAAGAAAAAGGGAGGAGGCAAAGUUUUGGCAUCAAAUAGACAUUGAGGGUCUGGAGCAGCAGAGAGAAGGGUUACACAACCACAAAACCAGAAACAACAACAACAACAACAGCAACAACAGCACAGAGGAGAGAGACGACACACAAGAACAACAGCAGACAACCAAACAUUUACCCACGGUGACCUGCAGGUGUCAUCAGUAAGGGGGAGGACAGACACUUCUGUGGGGGGCUUCUUGUAGACCACCGUUGGAAUUGACAGUACUUAUUCAGCACACCUGCACCACCUGUACAGAUGAUCUCUAUAUGAGGAGGUCAUCUAAGUCUAUGGAGCCCACAAGACCCCGACUGAGAAUGAAUCCUUUUAGUUUGUUGUUUUAAUGAUUGCGAAUGUGUUUCCCAGCCGUGUUCAAUUGAAUGUUGUUUUGGUUACUCUGUGCAUGAAAUAACAUGUAUUGUCACAUAAUACUGCAUCAGUAUUUACUGUAUACUGCUCAUUUCUGAAAAAGUAUGCAAUGCAGUAUACAUUAGGAAACAAUGUCUUAAAUACAUGUUUUAUAUGGUUAUCAAUGACCCAUGCCACAUUACUUGAACAUUAAUUAUGCAUUUAUAGUGUUUCUUCAUUUUGCUUGAUUUUUAUUCAACCCUUGCGGCCUUUAUCAUUUAUCUUUAGUACUUUUUAAAAAUCUUUUAUGUUUAGAUUUGACUGUUGUUUUAUAUAUAUAUUAAAUGCUUAUUACAAACAAAUAAUCAUUUUCAAAUGUUUUUAGGAGUAUUUUUGAUCAAUUUAAUGCAUUAUUGGUGAACAGAAGCAUUUACAGUAUUUUCCAAAAACACAAAAAUGUUUUGAAAGCUUUAUUCUGUAAACAUCCACGUCAUAUCUCCACUUCAAUUCAGCUGUUACAGAAAUAUAGA